AUGGAAAUGUUAAAGUUAAUAUCUAAAGGAGUGCUAAUAUGGAUGGCACUAUCCAUCGGGCUUGCUGCAACACAAACCGGACUGGGUUCGCAACACAAUGAUAUGGUUUGUAGCACUUGGGGUAACUACCAUUUCAAGACCUAUGAUGGGGACUACUUCCAACUCUCAACCGCCUGUAACUACAUUCUGACCUCAGACUGUCGGAACAGCUACGAAGAUUUCAACAUCCAGUUGAGACAUCGGGUGGUCAACAACGAACCAACGAUCAGCAAGAUCACUUUAAAACUAGAGGGGGCAGUUAUAGAGCUCACCAAAGACUCCAUCAAUGUUGGGGGCCAAAUAGUGACACUUCCAUUUAGCAGUCCUGGAUUUUUCAUUGAGAAAAUGAAUUCUUACAUCACAGUCAAGGCUGUUUUAGGGCUAGUAGCCAUGUGGAAUGAAGAUGAUGCUUUCAUGGUGAAGUUAGAUGAAAAGUACAAAAACCAAACGUGUGGACUGUGCGGUGACUUCAACGGAAUCCAACUUUACAAUGAAUUCAUCAGUGAUGGAGCUACGCUGUCUGCUUCUGAGUUUGGAAACCUCUGGAAGAUGGAUGAUCCAACAGAAGUCUGUGAGGACGACAACAAAUCUCUUGAUGAAAACUGUGGAAAUGAGCAUUUUUGCCACGAUAUCUUCUCCAGUCCCGUGUUCAGUGAUUGCAGAAGUCUGGUUUCCAUCGAGCCCUUUGUCAAAGUUUGUAUGAAAGAUAUGUGCCAUUGCAACAGCUCUGGAUCCUUCUGCUUGUGCAAGUCUAUUGCCGAGUACUCUAGACAGUGUAUACAUGCAGGUGGCAGGCCUGAAGACUGGAGAACAGAAUAUUUUUGCCCAAAACCGUGUCCAGAAAGCAUGGUGUACCACGAGUGUGGAAAUCCCUGUACUGACACUUGUACAAACCCUGAAAGAGGACAAGUGUGUGACCACCACUGCAUCGAUGGAUGCUUCUGCCCUCCUGGCACUGUUUUUGAUGAUAUAACCAACACUGGCUGUAUACCCAUCAAUCAAUGCUCUUGUGUCCUUGGUGAUAAAACAUACGCCCCUGGGGAGAAUUACAACACAACCUGCAGAGAAUGUACCUGUGCACAGGGGCAGUGGAACUGCAAUGAAAAGGAUUGCCCUCAUACAUGCUCGGUUGAGGGUGGAUCCCAUAUUACAACAUAUGAUGGAAAAGCCUACACUUUUCAUGGAGACUGCUCUUAUGUCCUCACCAAACAAUGCACAGGCACAGAUUUCACAGUUCAAGGAGACCUGGUGAAAUGUGGUGUGACUGAAUCCGAGACCUGUUUGAUGACAAUAACGUUGGCAUUGCUCGAUGGAGCUUUUGUGAUCAAAGUGGAUUCAAGUGGAAAUGUUGAGGUCAACAGAAUAAUUACCCAGCUGCCACUUUUUACAGCUGAUGUGAGCAUUUUCAAGCCCUCGUCAUUCUACAUUAUGAUUCAUGCCCAUUUGAUUGGGCUUCAUCUAGAGAUCCAGCUUAUACCCAUAAUGCAACUCUACAUGAGAGUCGAUUCAUUGUACCAAGGAGAAACAUGCGGUCUUUGUGGCAAUUUCAACAACAUUCAGACUGAUGACUUUACAACCAUCGGUGGACUGAGGGAAGGAACAGCGUUGGACUUUGCCAACACCUGGAAGACGAGAGCAAGUUGCCCUGAUAGUAGAAGAAGCUUUGAGCAUCCUUGCAGUCUGAGCACUGAAAAUGAAAAAUAUGCACAGCACUGGUGUUCCCUGCUGUCAGACCCCUCGGGUGUGUUCGCCCCCUGUCACUCUGAAAUCAGCCCUGAUGUUUACAAAGCAGACUGUAUAUAUGACACUUGUAACUGCGAGAAGAGUGAAGACUGCAUGUGUGCUGCAUUGUCCUCAUAUGUACGUGCAUGUGCUGCCAGAGGGAUUCUUCUCGAUGGAUGGAGAGAUGUUGCCUGCAACAAAUACACACUAACUUGCCCCAUCACCACUGUCUACUCUUACCAAAUGACCAGCUGUGACCGCACCUGCCGAUCCCUCGGCCAAUCAGACAACACCUGCGAUAUUGACUUUGCGCCAGUGGAUGGCUGUGGCUGUGCAGAGGGAACAUACAUGAAUGAGAAUGGCAAUUGUAUUGACUCGAUCAGCUGCUCGUGUUACGAUUCAGGCAAAGUUAUUCCUGCUGGAGACAUCAUCACCAAAGAUGGAGGGUCAUGUAUUUGCAAGCAAGGGAAACUGACCUGCACUGGUGGAUUCAAUGGGGAAGACUGCCAAGCGCCAAUGACGUUUUUCAACUGCUCCAGCGCUAGUCCUGGCUCCAGAGGAUCAGAAUGUCAGAAGAGCUGCAAAACAUUGGACAUGGCCUGUAUCAGCACAGAGUGUGUGUCUGGCUGUGUGUGUCCCUCUGGACUGGUGUCAGAUGGAAACGGUGGUUGUAUAACUGAAGACCUGUGUCCAUGCAUCCAUAAUGGUGUUGCCUACCAGCCUGGGGAAACCAUCACAGCUGACUGCAACACCUGCACUUGUGACACUAGAAGAUGGCAGUGUACCGAAAACCAGUGCAGUGGGACAUGCAGCAUAUAUGGAGAUGGUCAUUACAGAACGUUUGAUGAGAAAAGAUUUGUGUUUAGUGGCAACUGUGAAUACAGCCUUGUGCAGGACUUCUGCAACAGCACAAGUGGCACUUUUAGAGUCAUCACUGAAAAUGUUCCAUGUGGGUCCACUGGCACCACUUGUUCCAAGGCUAUCAAGCUCUUUCUAGGAAACAACGAGCUUAGAUUGACAGAUGGAACCUUCCAAGUUUUUCAAAGAGAUGCAGGGGAAGACAUUCCCUACCAGAUGCGCACCAUGGGAAUUUACUUGGUGAUUGAAGCCAAUAAUGGACUGAUUCUUUUGUGGGACAGAAAAACGACUAUACAUAUCAAGCUGAGUCCAGAGUAUAGUGGCCGAGUUUGUGGUCUGUGUGGAAACUAUGAUGGGAACGCAAACAAUGACUUCACUACCCGCAGUCAAGCAGUUGCUGUCGAAGCCCUGCAAUUUGGAAAUAGCUGGAAGUUCUCCAGUUGCCCAGAUGCAAUCGCCAUCCAAGAGCCAUGUGUCCAUAAUCCCUACAGGGAGGCCUGGGCCCAGAGGCAGUGCAGCAUCCUCACUAGCAAUGUCUUCUCAACUUGCCACUCACAGGUGGAUCCCACUCCUUUCUACGACGCCUGCGUGAGAGACUCAUGUGCCUGUGAUAGUGGUGGAGAUUAUGAAUGUUUGUGCACUGCUGUAUCAGCCUAUGCACAAGCCUGUAAUGAAGCUGGAGCUUGUGUUACCUGGAGAACGCCUAAAAUAUGCCCAUUGUUCUGUGAUUUUUACAACCCCCCUGGUGAAUGUGAGUGGCAUUACAAACCUUGUGGAGCUCCUUGUAUGCAGACCUGCAGAAAUCCAAAUGGGCAUUGCUCCAAUCAGAUACCAGCACUUGAAGGUUGCUAUCCUAAAUGCCCACCCGAGCAGCCUAUUUUUGAUGAGGACAACAUGAAAUGUGUAAUGCAGGAAGAUUGUGGCUGCUUUGUAGGAAUGUUACAUUAUGAAACUGGCCAGCAGGUGCCAACCACUGAGAACUGUCAGACAUGUUAUUGUUCUUCAUUUGGUGUUAUCUGUGACUUUGAUGUAAAUGCAUGUACAUGCCAACAUAAUUAUAUACAGUACCACUAUGACGAUAUCAUUUAUCACACAACGGAUGGACUGGGAGGUUGUAUCACAGCCAGAUGUUCAGUCAAUGGAACUAUUGAGAGGAUUUUGAUACCUUGUGAAACAACUACUGUCCCAACAACUCCAUCCACACUGACCACAACACAAAAAUCAACAACAAUCCCAACAACAGUUUUUUUCUUCAGCACCCCAGAUUACACUUCUCCUGAAAUUAAGGAAGAAACAACCACAACUAAAGAAGUUGUAUCCACAUCUAGCAGGCCAGAAGAAAUAACAACAAGUGGAAAGUUAAAUCAACCAACAACUGAAUUUAUUAUAACUGAUUCUACACAGACACCAAAAUAUUCAACUCAAGAACAAGUAUCUCUAAUGUCAACAUCAUCAAUAUCACCUACAACACAAACAUUAACAUCAUCCAUAACACCAAAGAAAACAACAGAAACUGUAAGUUCCACAAUGGCACAAAAUACAAGUGUGUCAACAAUUUCAUCAAAAACUUCAAUUGCACCCAUUACAAAAACUCUUGCAACCAUCACUGGUAAAGCCUUCACAACACUCUCCACAACAUUGACAUAUAUAUCAACAUCAGAGAACACAGGAGAACAAACAGCAGAAACAACACUUUCAACCACCACACCAGCCAUCCAACCUACAACUGGCAUCGUCGAAGAAGGAAGCACUACUGCCCGACCUUCUACAGAGACAUCAGCACCAAUUAGAGUCUUCACAACUACUGCAUCAUCUACUACUAGUCAAACUACCGGAGAACCAGCCACAACUGAGACUGUAACUGAAAAUGAAAUAACCACAUCUCAGACACCUUUGUCCACCACUACCAAGCCGCCAAAGGAGAUGACGUCUGGUCCAACAAGCCAAACAACAACUAUUGCCACAACAAUUUUUGAAGAAAAUACAUCUACACCUUCUGAAACGUCAACAUCUGUAAGCUCAUCUGUGCCAAUGAAACAAACCUCAAUACCAGUCGUUACUUCAACACAACCAACAACGCUAACAACCACAACUAGGGUGCCAAUUACAACAGUUGUAUCUACAACAACUCCAGCUGAGUCAUCCACUGCACCUGAGAUUAGCACUGAGGGAGUUUCUUCAACAACAGAGCCCCUCACAGCCGAAACAACUCUUUCAACCACCACACCAGUCAUCCCAUCCACUACUGUCAUUGUCGAGGAGGGAAGCACUACUGUCCGAUCAUCUACAGGAUCAUCAGCACCAAUAAGAGUUGCCACAACUACUGCAUCAUCUACAAAUAUUCAAACAACUGGAGAACCAACCACAACUGAGACUGUAACUGAAAAUGAAAUAACCACAUCUCAGACACCUUUGUCCACAACUACCAAGCCGCCAAAGGAGAUGACGUCUGGUCCAACAAGCCAAACAACAACUAUUGCCACAACAACUUUUGAAGAAAAUACAUCUACACCUUCUGAAACGUCAACAUCUGUAAGCUCAUCUGUGCCAAUGAAACAAACCUCAAUACCAGUCGUUACUUCAACACAACCAACAACACUAACAAUCACAACUACGGUGCCAAUAACAACAGUUGUAUCUACAACAACUCCAGCUGAGUCAUCCACUGCACCUGAGAUUAGCACUGAGGGAGUUUCUUCAACAACAGAGCCCCUCACAGCCGAAACAACUCUUUCAACCACCACACCAGUCAUCCCAUCCACUACUGUCAUUGUCGAGGAGGGAAGCACUACUGUCCGAUCAUCUACAGGAUCAUCAGCACCAAUAAGAGUUGCCACAACUACUGCAUCAUCUACAAAUACUCAAACAACUGGAGAACCAACCACAACUGAGACUGUAACUGAAAAUGAAAUAACCACAUCUCAGACACCUUUGUCCACCACUACCAAGCCGCCAAAGGAGAUAACGUCUGGUCCAACAAGCCAAACAACAACUAUUGCCACAACAACUUUUGAAGAAAAUACAUCUACACCUUCUGAAACGUCAACAUCUGUCAGCUCAUCUGUGCCAAUGAAACAAACCUCAAUACCAGUCGUUACUUCAACACAACCAACAACGCUAACAACCACAGCUACGGUGCCAAUUACAACAGUUGUAUCUACAACAACUCCAGCUGAGUCAUCCACUGUACCUGAGAUUAGCACUGAGGGAGUUUCUUCAACAACAGCGCCCCUCACAGCCGAAACAACUCUUUCAACCACCACACCAGUCAUCCCAUACACUACUGUCAUUGUCGAGGAGGGAAGCACUACUGUCCGAUCAUCUACAGGAUCAUCAGCACCAAUAAGAGUUGCCACAACUACUGCAUCAUCUACAAAUACUCAAACAACUGGAGAACCAACCACAACUGAGACUGUAACUGAAAAUGAAAUAACCACAUCUCAGACACCUUUGUCCACCACUACCAAGCCACCAAAGGAGAUUACAGCCCAUAACAGCCGAAACAACUCUUUCAACCACCACACCAGUCAUCCCAUCCACUACUGUCAUUGUCGAGGAGGAAGCACUACUGUCCGAUCAUCUACAGGAUCAUCAGCACCAAUAAGAGCUGCCACAACUACUGCAUCAUCUACAAAUACUCAAACAACUGGAGAACCAACCACAACUGAGACUGUAACUGAAAAUGAAAUAACCACAUCUCAGACACCUUUGUCCACCACUACCAAGCUGCCAAAGGAGAUGACGUCUGGUCCAACAAGCCAAACAACAACAACUAUUGCCACAACAACUUUUGAAGAAAAUACAUCUACACAUUCUGAAAUGUCAACAUCUGUCAGCUCAUCUGUGCCAAUGAAACAAACCUCAAUACCAGUCGUUACUUCAACACAACCAACAACGCUAACAACCACAACUACGGUGCCAAUUACAACAGUUGUAUCUACAACAACUCCAGCUGAGUCAUCCACUGUACCUGAGAUUAGCACUGAGGGAGUUUCUUCAACAACAGAGCCCCUCACAGCAGAAACAACUCUUUCAACCACCACACCAGUCAACCCAUCCACUACUGUCAUUGUCGAGGAGGGAAGCACUACUGUCCGAUCAUCUACAGGAUCAUCAGCACCAAUAAGAGUUGCCACAACUACUGCAUCAUCUACAAAUACUCAAACAACUGGAGAACCAACCACAACUGAGACUGUAACUGAAAAUGAAAUAACCACAUCUCAGACACCUUUGUCCACCACUACCAAGGCACCAAAGGAGAUGACAUCUGGUCCAACAAGCCAAACAACAACUAUUGCCACAACAACUUUUGAAGAAAAUACAUCUACACCUUCUGAAACGUCAACAUCUGUCAGCUCAUCUGUGCCAAUGAAACAAACCUCAAUACCAGUCGUUACUUCAACACAACCAACAACGCUAACAAUCACAACUACGGUGCCAAUUACAACAGUUGUAUCUACAACAACUCCAGCUGAGUCAUCCACUGCACCUGAGAUUAGCACUAAGGGAGUUUCUUCAACAACAGAGCCCAUAACAGCCGAAACAACUCUUUCAACCACCACACCAGUCAUCCCAUCCACUACUGUCAUUGUCGAGGAGGGAAGCACUACUGUCCGAUUAUCUACAGGAUCAUCAGCACCAAUAAGAGUUGCCACAACUUCUGCAUCAUCUACAAAUACUCAAACAACUGGAGAACCAACCACAACUGAGACUGUAACUGAAAAUGAAAUAACCACAUCUCAGACACCUUUGUCCACCACUACCAAGCCGCCAAAGGAGAUGACGUCUGGUCCAACAAGCCAAACAACAACUAUUGCCACAACAACUUUUGAAGAAAAUACAUCUACACCUUCUGAAACGUCAACAUCUGUAAGCUCAUCUGUGCCAAUGAAACAAACCUCAAGACCAGUCGUUACUUCAACCCAACCAACAACACUAACAUCCACAACUACGGUGCCAAUUACAACAGUUGUAUCUACAACAACUCCAGCUGAGUCAUCCACUGUACCUGAGAUUAGCACUGAGGGAGUUUCUUCAACAACAGAGCCCAUAACAGCCGAAACAACUCUUUCAACCACCACACCAGUCAUCCCAUCCACUACUGUCAUUGUUGAGGAGGGAAGCACUACUGUCCGAUCAUCUACAGGAUCAUCAGCACCAAUAAGAGUUGCCACAACUACUGCAUCAUCUACAAAUACUCAAACAACUGGAGAACCAACCACAACUGAGACUGUAACUGAAAAUGAAAUAACCACAUCUCAGACACCUUUGUCCACCACUACCAAGCCGCCAAAGGAGAUUACGUCUGGUCCAACAAGUCAAACAACAACAACUAUUGCCACAACAACUUUUGAAGAAAAUACAUCUACACCUUCUGAAACGUCAACAUCUGUAAGCUCAUCUGUGCCAAUGAAACAAACCUCAAUACCAGUCGUUACUUCAACACAACCAACAACGCUAACAACCACAACUACAGUGCCAAUUACAACAGUUGUAUCUACAACAACUCCAGCUGAGUCAUCCACUGCACCUCAGAUUAGCACUAAGGGAGUUUCUUCAACAACAGAGCCCAUAACAGCCGAAACAACUCUUUCAACCACCACACCAGUCAUCCCAUCCACUACUGUCAUUGUUGAGGAGGGAAGCACUACUGUCCGAUCAUCUACAGGAUCAUCAGCACCAAUAAGAGUUGCCACAACUACUGCAUCAUCUACAAAUACUCAAACAACUGGAGAACCAACCACAACUGAGACUGUAACUGAAAAUGAAAUAACCACAUCUCAGACACCUUUGUCCACAACUACCAAGCCGCCAAAGGAGAUUACGUCUGGUCCAACAAGUCAGACAACAACAACUAUUGCCACAACAACUUUUGAAGAAAAUACAUCUACACCUUCUGAAACGUCAACAUCUGUAAGCUCAUCUGUGCCAAUGAAACAAACCUCAAUACCAGUCGUUACUUCAACACAACCAACAACGCUAACAACCACAACUACGGUGCCAAUUACAACAGUUGUAUCUACAACAACUCCAGCUGAGUCAUCCACUGCACCUGAGAUUAGCACUGAGGGAGUUUCUUCAACAACAGAGCCCAUAACAGCCGAAACAACUCUUUCAACCACCACACCAGUCAUCCCUUCCACUACUGUCAUUGUCGAGGAGGGAAGCACUACUCUCCGAUCAUCUACAGGAUCAUCAGCACCAAUAAGAGUUGCCACAACUACUGCAUCAUCUACAAAUACUCAAACAACUGGAGAACCAACCACAACUGAGACUGUAACUGAAAAUGAAAUAACCACAUCUCAGACACCUUUGUCCACCACUACCAAGCCACCAAAGGAGAUUACGUCUGGUCCAACAAGUCAAACAACAACAACUAUUGCCACAACAACUUUUGAAGAAAAUACAUCUACACCUUCUGAAACGUCAACAUCUGUAAGCUCAUCUGUGCCAAUGAAACAAACCUCAAUACCAGUCGUUACUUCAACACAACCAACAACGCUAACAAUCACAACUACGGUGCCAAUUACAACAGUUGUAUCUACAACAACUCCAGCUGAGUCAUCCACUGCACCUGAGAUUAGCACUAAGGGAGUUUCUUCAACAACAGAGGCCAUAACAGCCGAAACAACUCUUUCAACCACCACACCAGUCAUCCCAUCCACUACUGUCAUUGUCGAGGAGGGAAGCACUACUGUCCGAUCAUCUACAGGAUCAUCAGCACCAAUAAGAGUUGCCACAACUACUGCAUCAUCUACAAAUACUCAAACAACUGGAGAACCAACCACAACUGAGACUGUUACUGAAAAUGAAAUAACCACAUCUCAGACACCUUUGUCCACCACUACCAAGCCGCCAAAGGAGAUGACGUCUGGUCCAACAAGCCAAACAACAACUAUUGCCACAACAACUUUUGAAGAAAAUACAUCUACACCUUCUGAAACGUCAACAUCUGUCAGCUCAUCUGUGCCAAUGAAACAAACCUCAAUACCAGUCGUUACUUCAACACAACCAACAACGCUAACAACCACAACUACGGUGCCAAUUACAACAGUUGUAUCUACAACAACUCCAGCUGAGUCAUCCACUGUACCUGAGAUUAGCACUGAGGGAGUUUCUUCAACAACAGAGCCCCUCACAGCAGAAACAACUCUUUCAACCACCACACCAGUCAUCCCAUCCACUACUGUCAUUGUCGAGGAGGGAAGCACUACUGUCCGAUCAUCUACAGGAUCAUCAGCACCAAUAAGAGUUGCCACAACUACUGUAUCAUCUACAAAUACUCAAACAACUGGAGAACCAACCACAACUGAGACUGUAACUGAAAAUGAAAUAACCACAUCUCAGACACCUUUGUCCACCACUACCAAGCCACCAAAGGAGAUGACGUCUGGUCCAACAAGCCAAACAACAACUAUUGCCACAACAACUUUUGAAGAAAAUACAUCUACACCUUCUGAAACGUCAACAUCUGUCAGCUCAUCUGUGCCAAUGAAACAAACCUCAAUACCAGUCGUUACUUCAACACAACCAACAACGCUAACAAUCACAACUACGGUGCCAAUUACAACAGUUGUAUCUACAACAACUCCAGCUGAGUCAUCCACUGCACCUGAGAUUAGCACUGAGGGAGUUUCUUCAACAACAGAGCCCAUAAAAGCCGAAACAACUCUUUCAACCACCACACCAGUCAUCCCUUCCACUACUGUCAUUGUCGAGGAGGGAAGCACUACUCUCCGAUCAUCUACAGGAUCAUCAGCACCAAUAAGAGUUGCCACAACUACUGCAUCAUCUACAAAUACUCAAACAACUGGAGAACCAACCACAACUGAGACUGUUACUGAAAAUGAAAUAACCACAUCUCAGACACCUUUGUCCACCACUACCAAGCCGCCAAAGGAGAUGACGUCUGGUCCAACAAGCCAAACAACAACUAUUGCCACAACAACUUUUGAAGAAAAUACAUCUACACCUUCUGAAACGUCAACAUCUGUCAGCUCAUCUGUGCCAAUGAAACAAACCUCAAUACCAGUCGUUACUUCAACACAACCAACAACGCUAACAACCACAACUACGGUGCCAAUUACAACAGUUGUAUCUACAACAACUCCAGCUGAGUCAUCCACUGCACCUGAGAUUAGCACUAAGGGAGUUUCUUCAACAACAGAGCCCAUAACAGCCGAAACAACUCUUUCAACCACCACACCAGUCAUCCCAUCCACUACUGUCAUUGUCGAGGAGGGAAGCACUACUGUCCGAUCAUCUACAGGAUCAUCAGCACCAAUAAGAGUUGCCACAACUACUGCAUCAUCUACAAAUACUCAAACAACUGGAGAACCAACCACAACUGAGACUGUAACUGAAAAUGAAAUAACCACAUCUCAGACACCUUUGUCCACCACUACCAAGCCGCCAAAGGAGAUGACGUCUGGUCCAACAAGUCAGACAACAACAACUAUUGCCACAACAACUUUUGAAGAAAAUACAUCUACACCUUCUGAAACGUCAACAUCUGUAAGCUCAUCUGUGCCAAUGAAACAAACCUCAAUACCAGUCGUUACUUCAACACAACCAACAACGCUAACAACCACAACUACGGUGCCAAUUACAACAGUUGUAUCUACAACAACUCCAGCUGAGUCAUCCACUGCACCUGAGAUUAGCACUGAGGGAGUUUCUUCAACAACAGAGCCCAUAACAGCCGAAACAACUCUUUCAACCACCACACCAGUCAUCCCUUCCACUACUGUCAUUGUCGAGGAGGGAAGCACUACUCUCCGAUCAUCUACAGGAUCAUCAGCACCAAUAAGAGUUGCCACAACUACUGCAUCAUCUACAAAUACUCAAACAACUGGAGAACCAACCACAACUGAGACUGUAACUGAAAAUGAAAUAACCACAUCUCAGACACCUUUGUCCACCACUACCAAGCCACCAAAGGAGAUGACGUCUGGUCCAACAAGUCAAACAACAACAACUAUUGCCACAACAACUUUUGAAGAAAAUACAUCUACACCUUCUGAAACGUCAACAUCUGUAAGCUCAUCUGUGCCAAUGAAACAAACCUCAAUACCAGUCGUUACUUCAACACAACCAACAACGCUAACAAUCACAACUACGGUGCCAAUUACAACAGUUGUAUCUACAACAACUCCAGCUGAGUCAUCCACUGCACCUGAGAUUAGCACUAAGGGAGUUUCUUCAACAACAGAGGCCAUAACAGCCGAAACAACUCUUUCAACCACCACACCAGUCAUCCCAUCCACUACUGUCAUUGUCGAGGAGGGAAGCACUACUGUCCGAUCAUCUACAGGAUCAUCAGCACCAAUAAGAGUUGCCACAACUUCUGCAUCAUCUACAAAUACUCAAACAACUGGAGAACCAACCACAACUGAGACUGUUACUGAAAAUGAAAUAACCACAUCUCAGACACCUUUGUCCACCACUACCAAGCCGCCAAAGGAGAUGACGUCUGGUCCAACAAGCCAAACAACAACUAUUGCCACAACAACUUUUGAAGAAAAUACAUCUACACCUUCUGAAAUGUCAACAUCUGUCAGCUCAUCUGUGCCAAUGAAACAAACCUCAAUACCAGUCGUUACUUCAACACAACCAACAACGCUAACAACCACAACUACGGUGCCAAUUACAACAGUUGUAUCUACAACAACUCCAGCUGAGUCAUCCACUGCACCUGAGAUUAGCACUGAGGGAGUUUCUUCAACAACAGAGCCCAUAACAGCCGAAACAACUCUUUCAACCACCACACCAGUCAUCCCUUCCACUACUGUCAUUGUCGAGGAGGGAAGCACUACUCUCCGAUCAUCUACAGGAUCAUCAGCACCAAUAAGAGUUGCCACAACUACUGCAUCAUCUACAAAUACUCAAACAACUGGAGAACCAACCACAACUGAGACUGUUACUGAAAAUGAAAUAACCACAUCUCAGACACCUUUGUCCACCACUACCAAGCCGCCAAAGGAGAUGACGUCUGGUCCAACAAGCCAAACAACAACUAUUGCCACAACAACUUUUGAAGAAAAUACAUCUACACCUUCUGAAAUGUCAACAUCUGUCAGCUCAUCUGUGCCAAUGAAACAAACCUCAAUACCAGUCGUUACUUCAACACAACCAACAACGCUAACAACCACAACUACGGUGCCAAUUACAACAGUUGUAUCUACAACAACUCCAGCUGAGUCAUCCACUGUACCUGAGAUUAGCACUGAGGGAGUUUCUUCAACAACAGAGCCCCUCACAGCAGAAACAACUCUUUCAACCACCACACCAGUCAUCCCAUCCACUACUGUCAUUGUCGAGGAGGGAAGCACUACUGUCCGAUCAUCUACAGGAUCAUCAGCACCAAUAAGAGUUGCCACAACUACUGUAUCAUCUACAAAUACUCAAACAACUGGAGAACCAACCACAACUGAGACUGUAACUGAAAAUGAAAUAACCACAUCUCAGACACCUUUGUCCACCACUACCAAGCCACCAAAGGAGAUGACGUCUGGUCCAACAAGCCAAACAACAACUAUUGCCACAACAACUUUUGAAGAAAAUACAUCUACACCUUCUGAAACGUCAACAUCUGUAAGCUCAUCUGUGCCAAUGAAACAAACCUCAAUACCAGUCGUUACUUCAACACAACCAACAACGCUAACAACCACAACUACGGUGCCAAUUACAACAGUUGUAUCUACAACAACUCCAGCUGAGUCAUCCACUGCACCUGAGAUUAGCACUGAGGGAGUUUCUUCAACAACAGAGCCCAUAACAGCCGAAACAACUCUUUCAACCACCACACCAGUCAUCCCUUCCACUACUGUCAUUGUCGAGGAGGGAAGCACUACUCUCCGAUCAUCUACAGGAUCAUCAGCACCAAUAAGAGUUGCCACAACUACUGCAUCAUCUACAAAUACUCAAACAACUGGAGAACCAACCACAACUGAGACUGUAACUGAAAAUGAAAUAACCACAUCUCAGACACCUUUGUCCACCACUACCAAGCCACCAAAGGAGAUUACGUCUGGUCCAACAAAGGCCAUAACAGCCGAAACAACUCUUUCAACCACCACACCAGUCAUCCCAUCCACUACUGUCAUUGUCGAGGAGGGAAGCACUACUGUCCGAUCAUCUACAGGAUCAUCAGCACCAAUAAGAGUUGCCACAACUUCUGCAUCAUCUACAAAUACUCAAACAACUGGAGAACCAACCACAACUGAGACUGUUACUGAAAAUGAAAUAACCACAUCUCAGACACCUUUGUCCACCACUACCAAGCCGCCAAAGGAGAUGACGUCUGGUCCAACAAGCCAAACAACAACUAUUGCCACAACAACUUUUGAAGAAAAUACAUCUACACCUUCUGAAAUGUCAACAUCUGUCAGCUCAUCUGUGCCAAUGAAACAAACCUCAAUACCAGUCGUUACUUCAACACAACCAACAACGCUAACAAUCACAACUACGGUGCCAAUUACAACAGUUGUAUCUACAACAACUCCAGCUGAGUCAUCCACUGCACCUGAGAUUAGCACUAAGGGAGUUUCUUCAACAACAGAGCCCAUAACCGCCGAAACAACUCUUUCAACCACCACACCAGUCAUCCCAUCCACUACAGUCAUUGUCGAGGAGGGAAGCACUACUGUCCGAUCAUCUACAGGAUCAUCAGCACCAAUAAGAGUUGCCACAACUACUGCAUCAUCUACAAAUACUCAAACAACUGGAGAACCAACCACAACUGAGACUGUUACUGAAAAUGAAAUAACCACAUCUCAGACACCUUUGUCCACCACUACCAAGCCGCCAAAGGAGAUGACGUCUGGUCCAACAAGCCAAACAACAACUAUUGCCACAACAACUUUUGAAGAAAAUACAUCUACACCUUCUGAAACGUCAACAUCUGUCAGCUCAUCUGUGCCAAUGAAACAAACCUCAAUACCAGUCGUUACUUCAACACAACCAACAACGCUAACAACCACAACUACGGUGCCAAUUACAACAGUUGUGUCUACAACAACUCCAGCUGAGUCAUCCACUGUACCUGAGAUUAGCACUGAGGGAGUUUCUUCAACAACAGAGCCCCUCACAGCAGAAACAACUCUUUCAACCACCACACCAGUCAUCCCAUCCACUACUGUCAUUGUCGAGGAGGGAAGCACUACUGUCCGAUCAUCUACAGGAUCAUCAGCACCAAUAAGAGUUGCCACAACUACUGUAUCAUCUACAAAUACUCAAACAACUGGAGAACCAACCACAACUGAGACUGUAACUGAAAAUGAAAUAACCACAUCUCAGACACCUUUGUCCACCACUACCAAGCCACCAAAGGAGAUGACGUCUGGUCCAACAAGCCAAACAACAACUAUUGCCACAACAACUUUUGAAGAAAAUACAUCUACACCUUCUGAAACGUCAACAUCUGUCAGCUCAUCUGUGCCAAUGAAACAAACCUCAAUACCAGUCGUUACUUCAACACAACCAACAACGCUAACAAUCACAACUACGGUGCCAAUUACAACAGUUGUAUCUACAACAACUCCAGCUGAGUCAUCCACUGCACCUGAGAUUAGCACUAAGGGAGUUUCUUCAACAACAGAGCCCAUAACAGCCGAAACAACUCUUUCAACCACCACACCAGCCAUCCCAUCCACUACUGUCAUUGUCGAGGAGGGAAGCACUACUGUCCGAUCAUCUACAGGAUCAUCAGCACCAAUAAGAGUUGCCACAACUUCUGCAUCAUCUACAAAUACUCAAACAACUGGAGAACCAACCACAACUGAGACUCCGCCAAAGGAGAUGACAUCUGGUCCAACAAGCCAAACAACAACUAUUGCCACAACAACUUUUGAAGAAAAUACAUCUACACCUUCUGAAACGUCAACAUCUGUAAGCUCAUCUGUGCCAAUGAAACAAACCUCAAUACCAGUCGUUACUUCAACCCAACCAACAACGCUAACAACCACAACUACGGUGCCAAUUACAACAGUUGUAUCUACAACAACUCCAGCUGAGUCAUCCACUGCACCUGAGAUUAGCACUGAGGGAGUUUCUUCAACAACAGAGCCCAUAACAGCCGAAACAACUCUUUCAACCACCACACCAGCCAUCCCAUCCACUACUGUCAUUGUCGAGGAGGGAAGCACUACUGUCCGAUCAUCUACAGGAUCAUCAGCACCAAUAAGAGUUGCCACAACUACUGCAUCAUCUACAAAUACUCAAACAACUGGAGAACCAACCACAACUGAGACUGUAACUGAAAAUGAAAUAACCACAUCUCAGACACCUUUGUCCACCACUACCAAGCCGCCAAAGGAGAUGACAUCUGGUCCAACAAGCCAAACAACAACUAUUGCCACAACAACUUUUGAAGAAAAUACAUCUACACCUUCUGAAACGUCAACAUCUGUAAGCUCAUCUGUGCCAAUGAAACAAACCUCAAUACCAGUCGUUACUUCAACCCAACCAACAACGCUAACAACCACAACUACGGUGCCAAUUACAACAGUUGUAUCUACAACAACUCCAGCUGAGUCAUCCACUGUACCUGAGAUUAGCACUGAGGGAGUUUCUUCAACAACAGAGCCCCUCACAGCAGAAACAACUCUUUCAACCACCACACCAGUCAUCCUAUCCACUACUGUCAUUGUCGAGGAGGGAAGCACUACUGUCCGAUCAUCUACAGGAUCAUCAGCACCAAUAAGAGUUGCCACAACUACUGUAUCAUCUACAAAUACUCAAACAACUGGAGAACCAACCACAACUGAGACUGUAACUGAAAAUGAAAUAACCACAUCUCAGACACCUUUGUCCACCACUACCAAGCCACCAAAGGAGAUGACGUCUGGUCCAACAAGCCAAACAACAACUAUUGCCACAACAACUUUUGAAGAAAAUACAUCUACACCUUCUGAAACGUCAACAUCUGUCAGCUCAUCUGUGCCAAUGAAACAAACCUCAAUACCAGUCGUUACUUCAACACAACCAACAACGCUAACAAUCACAACUAUGGUGCCAAUUACAACAGUUGUAUCUACAACAACUCCAGCUGAGUCAUCCACUGCACCUGAGAUUAGCACUGAGGGAGUUUCUUCAACAACAGAGCCCAUAACAGCCGAAACAACUCUUUCAACCACCACACCAGCCAUCCCAUCCACUACUGUCAUUGUCGAGGAGGGAAGCACUACUGUCCGAUUAUCUACAGGAUCAUCAGCACCAAUAAGAGUUGCCACAACUUCUGCAUCAUCUACAAAUACUCAAACAACUGGAGAACCAACCACAACUGAGACUGUAACUGAAAAAGAAAUAACCACAUCUCAGACACCUUUGUCCACCACUACCAAGCCGCCAAAGGAGAUGACGUCUGGUCCAACAAGCCAAACAACAACUAUUGCCACAACAACUUUUGAAGAAAAUACAUCUACACCUUCUGAAACGUCAACAUCUGUAAGCUCAUCUGUGCCAAUGAAACAAACCUCAAUACCAGUCGUUACUUCAACCCAACCAACAAUGGUAACAUCCACAACUAGGUUGCCAAUUACAACAGUUGUAUCUACAACAACUCCAGCUGAGUCAUCCACUGCACCUGAGAUUAGCACUGAGGGAGUUUCUUCAACAACAGAGCCCCUCACAGCCGAAACAACUCUUUCAACCACCACACCAGUCAUCCCAUCCACUACUGUCAUUGUCGAGGAGGGAAGCACUACUGUCCGAUCAUCUACAGGAUCGUCAGCACCAAUAAGAGUUGCCACAACUACUGCAUCAUCUACAAAUACUCAAACAACUGGAGAACCAACCACAACUGAGACUGUAACUGAAAAUGAAAUAACCACAUCUCAGACACCUUUGUCCACCACUACCAAGCUGCCAAAGGAGAUGACGUCUGGUCCAACAAGUCAAACAACAACAACUAUUGCCACAACAACUUUUGAAGAAAAUACAUCUACACCUUCUGAAACGCCAACAUCUGUAAGCUCAUCUGUGCCAAUGAAACAAACCUCAAUACCAGUCGCUACUUCAACACAACCAACAACGCUAACAAGCACAACUACGGUGCCAAUUACAACAGUUGUAUCUACAACAACUCCAGCUGAGUCAUCCACUGCACCUGAGAUUAGCACUGAGGGAGUUUCUUCAACAACAGAGCCCCUCACAGCCGAAACAACUCUUUCAACCACCACACCAGUCAUCCCAUCCACUACUGUCAUUGUCGAGGAGGUAAGCACUACUGUCCGAUCAUCUACAGGAUCAUCAGCACCAAUAAGAGUUGCCACAACUACUGCAUCAUCUACAAAUACUCAAACAACUGGAGAACCAACCACAACUGAGACUGUAACUGAAAAUGAAAUAACCACAUCUCAGACACCUUUGUCCACAACUACCAAGCCGCCAAAGGAGAUGACGUCUGGGCCAACAAGCCAAACAACAACUAUUGCCACAACAACUUUUGAAGAAAAUACAUCUACACCUUCUGAAACGUCAACAUCUGUAAGCUCAUCUGUGCCAAUGAAACAAACCUCAAUACCAGUCGUUACUACAACACAACCAACAACGCUAACAACCACAACUACGGUGCCAAUUACAACAGUUGUAUCUACAACAACUCCAGCUGAGUCAUCCACUGCACCUGAGAUUAGCACUGAGGGAGUUUCUUCAACAACAGAGCCCCUCACAGCCGAAACAACUCUUUCAACCACCACACCAGUCAUCCCAUCCACUACUGUCAUUGUCGAGGAGGGAAGCACUACUGUCCGAUCAUCUACAGGAUCAUCAGCACCAAUAAGAGUUGCCACAACUACUGCAUCAUCUACAAAUACUCAAACUACUGGAGAACCAACCACAACUGAGACUGUAACUGAAAAUGAAAUAACCACAUCUCAAACACCUUUGUCCACCACUACCAAGCCGCCAAAGGAGAUGACGCCUGGUCCAACAAGUCAAACAACAACAACAACUAGUGCCACAACAACUUUUGUAGAAAAUACAUCUACACCUUCUGAAACGUCAACAUCUGUAAGCUCAUCUGUGCCAGUGAAACAAACCUCAAUACCUGUCGUUACUUCAACCCAACCAACAACACAAACUACCACAACUACGGUGCCAAUUACAAUAGUUGUACCUACAACAACUCCAGCUGAGUCAUCCACUGCACCUGAGAUUAGCACUGAGGGAGUUUCUUCAACAACAGAGCCCCUCACAGCCGAAACAACUCUUUCAACCACCACACCAGUCAUCCCAUCCACUACUGUCAUUGUCAAGGAGGGAAGCACUACUGUCCGAUCAUCUACAGGAUCAUCAGCACCAAUAAGAGUUGCCACAACUACUGCAUCCAUUACAACUGCAAUCCCAUCUACUUCUAUCCUUGUCAAGGAUCAAAGUACUACUCCACUUCACAACAAUACUUCAGCUUUUGAGACAACCACAACAUUGUACAGAUCAUCCAUUUCACCAAUUACAGAAAAUCUUUCAACUAUCACUAGUACCACUUCUAUUGUUUUCCACUCAUCCACAUCUAUGGAGACCUCAAUCGCACCUAUUACUCAAACCUUGCCAUCUUUCACUGGCGUCCUUCCAGUGACUACAGUAUCUCCUGUAUUCUCCUCCACUUCUAGUAUUUGCUGCUUAGUGAAUGCCACAAAUUUUCAACCAGGGGAUCUAAUUUAUAAUGUGACUGAUGGCUUUGGUUGGUGCUUUACGGCAUACUGUAAUGUAACUUGCAGUAUUGUAAAGACAUCAACAUCUUGCCAGCCUACUUCAUCACCAACUAUACCCUCUGAAACAACAACCUCUUCUAGUUCAACAACAACCAACAGUUCCCUGGGCACAAAACACCCUGUUACAUUCAUGUCCACAACCACAACAACCUCAGAAGUACCAAGUACAACCUUUGGGCCUAAUUGUGAUGCUCUUGACCCACCAAAACAGAGUGGUGAAACCUGGGAGAUUGAUAACUGCACAGCAGCAACCUGUAUGAACGGCACUGUUGUCUACAAACCGUAUGAAUGUGAGCCAGUUCAGCUUCCCAACUGUGAAAAUGGUCGCACCCCAAUUAAAGUCUAUGAUGCUACUGGCUGCUGUUUCACAUAUGAAUGUGAAUGCUUUUGUAACGGAUGGGGUGGCAACCAUUAUGUGACGUUUGAUGGACAAGAUUAUACAUUUGAAAACCACUGCUCAUACAUAUUAUUUCAAGAAUCAGUACAGACACAUAAUCUAAUGAUUGUCCAUGAUAAGCAAUAUUGCAAUGCUGGAGGUUCUUUCUGUUCACAGGCUCUAAUAAUAAAUUACAAAUCACAGGAGAUUGUUUUAACCCAAACCCUUAUUUCUGAUGUUGUCAACAAUGUGGUGAUGAUUGACCAGAAACAAGUCUACCCGGCUUUCAAAAAUGGCGACCUGGUAAUUACUAGCACUGGUGUCGAAGUCAUGUUGGAGAUUCCAGAAAUUCAGGCUCAGGUUACCUAUACAGGGACGACAUUUGCUAUAAACUUGCCUUUUUCAGUCUUCCAGCAAAACACAGAGGGCCUGUGUGGUACCUGUGAUAACAUCAAAGAGAAUGACUGCAGCUCUACAUCUGGUGAGGUUAAGUCUUGCCUUGAAACAGCCUUUGACUGGCAGCUUCCAAAUGAGGACUGUGUUCUGCCCACCCCUGCACCAUUAUCUACCACCAAGCAUCCUGAAAGCACUCAGAGCACUUGCAAGCCAUCUAUUUGUGAGCUCAUCAAUAGCAGGGUGUUUGAGGAAUGCCACAAAGCAAUCUCUUCUGAUAUCUAUGUGGAGGGUUGUAGAUUUGAUGUUUGCACCACAGUGGUUUCUGGCUGUUCCAGUUUACAAGCCUACGCUUCUGCCUGUGCUAAGGAAGGCAUUUGUGUGGACUGGAGAAGUCAUACCAAUGGAGAAUGUGAGGUUACAUGUCCUGCCUCUAAAGUGUACAAUCAUUGUGGCCCAGCAGUGGAACCAACCUGCAAUGCUCAGUACAAUGAUAAGUAUUUGAACGAGACGUCCAGCACCAGCAUGAGUGAGGGAUGCUUUUGUGAGGAAGGAUCUGUUUUGUUCAGUUCCUAUUCGGAUGUCUGCGUUGCCUCAUGUGCUUGCACCGGCCCUGACGGCAUCCCAAAACAGCCCAAUGACACGUGGAAGAGUGGAUGUGAAAUUUGCGAGUGUGACGGGGAUUCCAUCAGUGUCCGUUGCCAGCCUGUAACCUGCCCUGCAGUGGAACAAGUUACUUGUAAUGAGCCCGGACAAGUGCUUGUCAUCUCAACAGUGGACUGCUGUGAGAGCUAUGAAUGCAAUUGCGAUAUGAGUCUGUGCCCUGUUCCUGCAAUCCAGUGUCCACCUGGCUUUGCACUGUCCAUCAAUGUUACUUCAGAGAGCUGCUGUCCAGGUUAUGACUGCACACCCAUGGAAGUCUGUGUCUCUAAUACAACAGUGUAUCAGCCUGGCUCACCAAUGCCAAGUUAUGAUCCUUGUAUGAUGUGUACCUGCGGUUCGAACGUAGAUCCUGACACGAUGCUGUUUGCUCAAGAGUGUGUGAUCGCUGACUGCUACACUGAAUGUCCAGAGGGUCAAGAAUACCAAGUUCUUCCUGGUCAGUGCUGUGGACAGUGUGUGAGCUCUAAUUGUGUGGUUGUGCACGAUAAUGUCCCACACACAAUCCUGGUUAACCAGACAUGGAAGCCAACUAAUGAUCAAUGUAUGAAAUACAAUUGUGAACUAAUUAAUGGGAACCCAGUUGCAGUUGGGACUAAGACCACUUGUCCACCCUUCAACCCUGAAGACUGUAUUCCUGGAACAGAAACAAUGGAUGCAGAUGGCUGCUGUGCAACAUGUACACUGAACAACAGAUGUAAUGUCCAGAGAAACAGCACUUUCUUGGUUAGCAAAGGCUGUAUUAGCACCACACCCGUGGAAAUAACCUCUUGCACAGGCUUGUGUGGUACCUCCUCCAUAUACUCCGCAGAGGCGAACACUCUGGUGCACUCUUGCUCUUGCUGUCAGGAAAUGACAACCAGUAAGAAGGAAGUGACUCUGACUUGCCCUGAUGGGUCAAACAUCAACCACUCUUAUAUGUAUAUUGAGUCUUGUGGCUGCAAGGCCACCGAUUGCCCUGGUCAAAUCUUACAGCGACGCCGCAGGAGAGUGUGAGCUUUGACCCCAUACAGUAGUGCCAUUUAAUAAGGACCUCAUGGUGUUUCUCAUUAAACAUGACAUUAUAAUCUUAAUUUAACCGCCAUUCAACCUAGCUUUGAUCUUUAAGGAACCUGAAUGUAAGUCAACAUUAUGUAGGUUAUACCUAAAAGGUUAGGUCUGUCUGUUUUAGUGUUAUUGUUGUGUGUCUGUAUGUUUGAACGCUUUUAAAUAUUUGUGACAAUGACAGCUCUUUUGUUUCUUGUCUAGUAGUUCUCAAUAAACUAUUGCAA